ACUCCUGGCCGCGGUUUUUAACAUCGGGGACCCCAGGACUUCAACAUGUGUAGUCCAUUAUCUGCUCUCUCGCUUAAAAAACAGUUAUAUGAACUGAACAAAAGCGCAACUGAAGGUUUUUCUGCGGGGUUGGUUGAUGAGGACAAUAUUUUCAAAUGGCGAGUGCUUAUCAUUGGUCCACCAGAUACUCUUUAUGAGGGUGGUUGUUUUCAUGCAGAGCUGGACUUUCCACAAGACUACCCCGAGCGCCCUCCUAAAAUGCGGUUCGUAACUGAUAUCUGGCAUCCAAAUAUUGCUCAGGACGGAGAUGUUUGUAUUUCCAUUCUUCAUCACCCUGGAAAAGAUCUGUGGGGCUACGAAAGGCCCGAGGAAAGAUGGCUACCUGUGCAUACCGUAGAAACAAUUAUUACUUCUGUUAUUUCGAUGCUUGCUGAGCCUAAUCCUGACAGCCCUGCCAAUGUCGAUGCAGCUAAGGAGUUCAGGGAAGAUUUUGCGGAGUUCAAGAGAAAAGUUUGUCGGUGUGUAAGGAUGAGCCAAGAACGUCUUGAAUGAAUUAAAUUAAUCUAAUUGCUUUAUCAUUAUACAUCAGCCAUCGUUAUGAAAAUAUUUCUACAUCAAACCCAGUCCUUGGUCGUAACAUUAUACAACCUAAUUAUACCUAACUUUAAAGAGACAAUCCUAAAUGCUUAUGUAAUGCUUGUCGAGUCUUACCAUACCUUUGGCCAGAUUCGAUGUGACGUGGUGCUUAGUUAUGUGGCUGCUGUCACUUAUAGUCUGACGUCUACUUUUAUGAGUGACCAAUAUUAGGUGUAAGUAUACAACGCUGAUGAAACUGCGCCUCGUCUUGAUUACUACACUUACAGUUUACGUAUGGGACAAAGCUGAAUUGCCAGUCAGCAACAACUAUAAUUGCAACCUAUGGGUAACAGAGCAUGUACGUUGUGACUCCCCAGGUGAAUCAAUCACUUUAUUAUAAUAAUUUCACUGCACUUCCAUCAGACUUGUCGUGCAUCUAUAGUGUAUUGUGCUUUGUACUUAAUAUACGACUGGUCAUUUCACUUAUUUCUCUGGGUCUUGCAAUUGGCACUUUUCCCAGGUUAGGGCAUUUUGUUAUUGAAAAAGACAUCAGUGACAAAAUCCCCAAGUUUCAUUACAAGGACAGGACUUGAUAAUGUAAAAUAGACCAGGCAUUAGGUAGAUUUUUUUUAUAGUUAUGAGGUGACAUUUUUGUAGUGCACCAGUUGAUAAAAAAUUAGAGCGACUCACACUGUUUCAGAAAUACAUUUUUCUGUUCUAUAGGAUGUUGAAAGUGCCUCAUAUGUAGUGGACGCAUCUGUAUGUUACCCUUACAAGUAGCGAGUAGAGGCGUGUAGCUCUGUGUACUAUCAAAAUAAACGCUUCCACUAGUCGGAGAUUCCCCAUACGUUUGUGUAGUUAUAAUUACUAAACGCGACUUAUUUCUUAAUUGGUAAUACCUCCCGAAUGCCCUGGUUCACUCGGAAAGUGAAGUAAGUUCACUAUAUCAAAAUGCUCUCGUGAGGUCAUGUGUUUACAACCCCUCCUCAGGAAGUCCUACUUACUGCCUUUUUGCGGUGGUGUUGUUUAGACCGAGAGAACGAAAAAUGGUUAUCAUGCGCUUGAACUGAGUUUUUGAAUACAAAGCACUCAACCAUAUAGUUUGGAGGACGCGGCUCCAGACCUCGAAAGAACGAUUGAAGUAGGAAUCUGAUUUUGGCCACGCGCAGUUAUUGGAUGCUAACUCCUUGUGUCGCUCCACUGAUUUGUCGAUAAUCAUCUAGAUCAAAGCCACGGAGAGUGACUCACUAAGUAAGCCAGUUUCCUUAGCCAUAAUACGUAUAUGGUAUCCCAAUUGAGACAAAAUACGAUAAUUACUAUUGGAAGGUGCCCUUCCUCAUUGUUAUUCACAGUUGUUUUGUCACAUCCAUUCUUACUUUACGUGACUUGUAUAUGCCUCAUUAUUUCCAUUCUGUGUGUUCCUUUAUUUUUCUGUAUGAUCUCAAGUCUCUGUCCGAAAUUUUGAAUUCUUCCGAAUACGGUUCUUGGUGCAACUUUCCCGAAAUCACAUCCCAUCCAGACUGACUUAUUGGGGGACCCUGUUGAAUUAAUAUCCGGUCUCGGUGACUCGGAAAGCGCCAGGGUAAAGGUCAUACUAGUCGAGCGGGUCCCCGUUGUCAGUCGUGCGUCCUGUUUGAUUACAAAACACCACCAAAGUGGAUAGAAAUUGGCAUGUGGGACGAUGUCGUUUCGUGAUCCUCGACUACGUCUCCACGGAUUGCCGCCCAGAUGCGAUCGAGGAUGAGUUCCAUCAUCAAAUAAACGAUGUCAGUGAAGCACGUUCGACAGAAAUUGUAGUACUAACCGGGGAUUCGAAGCACAGGUCGACCGUCUAUACACAGAGUAGAGCCGCUUGGUAGCCAACAGGGAAUCGUUGUUUCCAUGUCAGACAGGGGUGACUGUCUCUUUGAGCUUUGCGGAGGUCACAACCUGUUUCUUCCCAGUACCAAUGUUCAAUGCAGUAGUCACCGAUGUUGUUGCACUGUUGCCCAAUUUCACUCGUCCUCUUCGACUUUUUCAUCGAUAUUUGGAAACAGCAACGAACGAGGCAGUUGAAAGGGUUGAGAAUCUAGAUAUUUAUGUGAGUGCUGAUGGUGACGUAACUGAUGAAAAGAUAGGAAGCAGUCGGUCUACGGCGUGAUGCUACGAAAUGGAGAGCUGUUUAUCAUGGUUCCCUGGUUGAGUUUUUAGAGGUGAUGCAACUCGCUGGUUUGAGACGCAAUCAAACGUACAGAAUAUUAAACACUGGAGGUCUUGCCGUAAUUUCUUAGAAUUUUUCACGAUAGUGAAGGGGACUUUAACUAAGUGAAUUAUGAAUCCUCUGUCUUCUAUUUUAACUAAACUGUCAUAUUAUGCAAUCUUUCCUAGCUACUUUAUUAAUGUCUUUACUUUUUAAAUGUGCUGCAUCUUCCUCAAGUUUUUGUUCAAAUUUACUUGUGUUAUGUGUCCUGUUUUUGUAUACCUUAUUGUAACCCCACCUGUAGCCCCUCCAUGGUUACUGCCGGUAACAAGCCUGGAAAAAAUAGUGUUGAAGAUGGAUUCAGCAAACCAUUCCAUAGAAAGCAACCUUGCUCAAAAAAGCGCUUACCAGAAAAAUAGCUUAGUCCAUUGAAACUCGGCCGUGGUUGUUGACGGGUCUUCAUUUACCAAAGGCUGGAUUCAGUAAGGAUCGGUCUUGUGCAAACCAAAUCGCGAUGCUUCAGAUCAUUGUUGGGUAAUCAGUUGGAUGGAACUCAUUACUAUACCUCAACUUCAUUGACUAUGGGAAAGCGUUUGAUAACAUGGGCGGAAGGACCUUAUAAAACCGUCUUCGACACGAUGGUGUACCUCGGAAAGUGGUCAACAUCGCGCAGAUUUGGUGCGAUCGAUCACACUGCAAAGUCCUGCAUGGAGGACAGCUGACAGAUGCGUUCAAAGUGAGGGUCAGUAUCAGACAAGGCUCCUUACACUCCCUUUUUCUUCUGGUGAUUGACUAGAUUGUGAAGAACUCUACAUCCCAUGUCAAUUUUAGCUUGAGUUAAAAGCCUAUCUGCUAUCCAUCCGUAAAUUCCACUGUGUAUCAGGCUACCCUUACAAAAACUGUUAUUAUCAACUCUAAUAAGUAUACCUGUAUAAAUAAGCCUUUACACCAUACACGACCGAGUCUCAGAUAUAAUGUAACCUGUUGUCUUGACAGGUUAUUAGAUAUAGACCAGAAUAAAACCAAUGGAAAUAUUGUAACACAUUUUUUACUUCACCGUUGAUAAGGUGUGUUGAACUUUCCUAGCUUCAAGACACGUCUUUUUUAUUUCUUCACAAUAUCAUCGUUACAUUUUGUAUGCCACUUUGUUAUGGUGCCUAUUGUACCGGAGUUUUGUCGUAAAUGAACAAAAUACCAUAAAUUCACGGACGAUUUUCUCUUCGUAAACAAACCAUCUCUGGUUAUCUCCAGUUUGGGAAUUCCACACUAUGUACUUGCUGAAGUCUCUAUCUAAUAGGGAUUUACUUUUACCAGAACUCAUGGUAUGCUCUUAGAGUUUCUGAACAAAACUAAUUAUCGAGAAACAUACACCCAAUUUGAGGCUUUUUUAAUAUUUGUAAUAGUCAUGGGAGCCCAAACCACAGUCCAUACUCUCAUUAUUUUCCACUAAUUCAUUCCUACUUGUCUACACUUUCAUCAAAUUAUUAAAACAUUUGCCUUCCGGAUACGUUGACUACAUAUCUACGUGACAUUUCUACUUCGAUAAAGUCAUUUAUUUCAUACCUAAUGUUUACAGAGGGGAAACUGUAUCUUUAAUCUUGUGUUAAUAAACUUUUAUUUUCCAUGUAUGUAUCGAUAUAUGUUAUCGUGUAUACAAGCCAUGUUUGCUGAUAUAGGUACCUAACUAUAUUGUAAUAUAAUCAUAUAAUAUAAUCGUUUGUUACAAUAUAAGAUAGGUCGUUGUUGAGUUUACAAGAUACCAUAGAUCAUAUGAAUUAGUACCUUAACUGAGAUAUCCCAAAGUUAAUUUGCGGUAUGUUAAUAAAUGGCCACUACCCUAACCAUAAACAUCAUGUCAUCUACCACUUUUUAUUUAUUUGAACACAUGAAUAUUGGGACAAGAGAGCGCCAAUAUAUAUGCGCCACACAAAACAAUGAGAAUUCGAAGAGAAAUAGAAAAAAAACUAAGCAGCGCAAAAAAAGAGAACAAUAACGAAGAGAUUGGUGUGAGGUAGUAUGGUAGAAAUGAGGGAACGGAAAGGUACAAUCAGAAGAAAUCUUUCAGGUAAGGGAGACACAGCCACUUUUUAUGAAGAAAGUAAAAGAAGGUUACAGCAGGAUCGCCACUGGCUUCUAUUCUGAGCCAUAUCUGAUAACGUCUCUAGCCACUGUGUUGCACCAUCUCUCGGACCCCAACCAGGGAGUCGUGAAGGACCAACACAAGCCAGUCCUUUGCAGCUUUCUUUCAUGCCACGAUACCAUGUCAUACACUGAACACCUCUCCGCUUUUUCCAACCAGUCCCAGCGUCGGCAAAUAAUGCACGACGUGGAAUUCUCUGGGACGACAUUCGUAGAACAUGUCCAAGCCACCGAAGUCGGUGUUUCAAGAUGGUGACACCAAUUGAAUUAUCAUCUCUGUGCCCGAACACACGAUGUCGGACCUCUGCAUUACUAACAUAGUGUUGCCACUGGAUGUCAGCAAUCCUUCGGAGACAACGAUGGUCGAACACAUAGAGUCGUCCAACAUCCUCAACUCGGAGAGGCCAGGUUUCACAAGCAUAGAGCAAAACUGCUCUCACCGACGCGUUGUAGAUCCGACCUUUUACAGCCAGACUGACAUCACGAAGGUGCCAAAGAUGGCCCAGAUUGGCAUACGCCGCUCUGGCUUUCACUAUACGUGCAUUGAUCUCAUCACUCACACCCCCGCCAGCACUUAUGCAGCUACCCAGAUACACGAACUUCUCGACUACUUCUAUCUGCUCACCAUCCAGGAUGAGUACAGGAUUGGAAUCCUGCCAGUCUUGUAGAAGUACUUUGCACUUCGAAGGUGCAAAGCACAUACCAUACCUACGGACACUGAUUGCCAACUGAUUAAGUG